AUGAAUGAUAGUAUUUCUGAAAUGAGGAAACAGGAGGAUGAGGCAACAAACAAAAUUACCAAUUCACAAUCUAGGCGAGUUUCUUUGCUUAUUAGUAUAACUUAUGUUCCUUCAUUGAAUAUAACUAAACCAAGUAUUUCAGCAGCUUUAAAGAAAAGAAGAGUUAAUGAUUCUCCUCUUGAUAGAGCUUUUGACUUGCAAACUAGAGCUCAAUUAGAUGCAGAGAUUGCUAGAAUGUUCUACACUGGGGGUCUACCUUUUAAUUUUGCUAGAAAUCCUUAUUAUGUGAGUUCUUAUUUUUUUGCUGCUAAUCAUGUUUUGGGUGGUUAUGUGCCACCUGGUUAUAACAAAUUGAGAACCACAUUACUUCAGCAAGAAAAAGCAAAUGUAGAGAGGUUGCUUGAACCAAUUAAAAGCACUUGGUUAGAAAAGGGUGUUAGUAUUGUGAGUGAUGGAUGGAGUGAUCCCCAGAGAAGGCCUUUAAUUAAUUUUAUGGUUGUUUCUGAGUCUGGCCCCAUGUUUAUCAAAUCUGUAGAUUGUUCUGGUGAAGUGAAAGAUAAGCAAUUUAUUGCUAAUUUACUAAAAGAAGUAAUUGAUGAGGUUGGUCAUCAAAAAGUGCUACAAGUCAUUACUGAUAAUGCUUCAAAUUAUAAAGCAAAAAAUUUAGAAACUAAUCAAGAAACUUAUGAUGUGUGUCACUGGAUCACUGAAAUCCAUGGGGAUGCUUUGCAAAUCAAGAAUUUUAUAAUGAAUCAUUCCAUGAGGCUCGCAAUUUAUAAUCGGUUUAGCCCUUUGAAAUUGCUUUCAGUUGCUGACACUCGUUUUGCUUCUAUUGUUGUGAUGCUUAAAAGAUUUAAACUUAUUAGGCGUGCUUUAGAAGCAAUGGUUAUGAGUGAUCAAUGA